CCACAACUCAUAGAACUGUCCCUGGAGGUGAAGAAGCAAGGAGACAAGAAUGUCACCCUGAGCAUUAAUCAGGCAAAGAUGCUGGUGAACUGGGAUGUGGUGCAGGACUCAGGUGGCUCAGGCCCUGCUGUGGUGGGCCUUGUCUCCUCUCCAGGGAUGGGCAAGUUGCUGGUUGGGGCCCACCUGGUCCUGGAAACUGAGGAACACUCAGUUCUGAAUGAGACACACAAUGGGCUGCUGCAGGAAGUCUCCCCCAUCCUGCUCUCAGAUGUCAUAACAGCCUUUGUGAGCAACAAGGACACUCAGAACCUCAGCUCCCCAGUCACCUUUGUCUUCAAGCAUACAGUGACCAUGAGGCCAAGGCAGAAGGUGUUCUGUGUCUUCUGGGAGCCUGACCAGAAUGGAAGUGGUCAUUGGUCUACCAAAGGCUGCUGGAUGGUGGCCACUGGAGACACCAGCACCACCUGCCAAUGCAGCCACCUCAGCAGCUUUGCCGUCCUCAUGGCCCAUGAUGAUGUGCAGGAUGAUGAUCCCGCCCUGGCUGUGAUCACCUACGUGGGGCUGAGCCUCUCUCUGCUGUGCCUCCUCCUGGCAGCCCUCACCUUCCUGCUGUGCAAAGCCAUCCAGAACACCAGCACCUCACUCCACCUGCAGCUCUCUAUUUGCCUCUUCCUGGCCCACCUGCUCUUCCUCACGGCCAUCGACAGAACUGAGCCUCAGGUGCUGUGCGCCAUCAUCGCGGGUGCCUUACACUAUCUCUACCUGGCCUCCUUCACCUGGAUGCUGCUGGAGGGCCUGCACCUCUUCCUCACCGCGCGCAACCUGACGGUGGUCAACUACUCCAGUGUGAGCAGGUUCAUGAAGAAGUUCAUGCUCCCUGUGGGCUACGGAGUCCCAGCUGUGAUUGUGGCCAUUUCUGCAGCAUCCAGGCCUCACCUUUAUGGAACACCUGCUCCCUGCUGGCUCCACCCAGAAAAGGGAUUUAUAUGGGGCUUCCUUGGACCAGUCUGCGCCAUCCUCUUUGUCAAUCUAGCUUUCUUUCUGAUGACCCUCUGGAUUUUGAAAAGCAAACUCUCUUCGCUCAACAGUGAUGUGUCCACCCUCAAGAAUACAAGGAUGCUGACAUUUAAAGCGAUAGCUCAGCUCUUCAUCUUGGGCUGCACGUGGUGUCUGGGAAUCCUGCAGGUGGGUCCAGCUGCUCACGCCAUGGCCUAUCUCUUCACCAUCAUCAACAGCCUGCAGGGCAUCUUCAUCUUCCUGGUGUACUGUCUCCUCAGCCAGCAGGUCCGGGAGCAAUACAGGAAAUGCUGGAAGGGCGUCAGGAAAACCAAAACAGAGUCUGAGCAAUACACCCUCUCCAGCGGAAUCCUGUCGGAUGCCCCUAAACCCAGUGUGGUAAAAGAUGAUGGAACGACAGCAGAAAAGAGAAAAUUAAGUCAAUUCUAAGAAAACUAAAG